AAAAGAUAAACAUUCAGCAGGCAGCAGUGGAUCUGCAGCUGUUCCUGCUCUGUCUGUCUCCCUUUUAUACACAGAUUAUGGUCUGCCUCUCCAACGCGAACAAUAAAGCAACACAAUCGGUGUUUCGUUCUUUUUUUGUCGCCGUCCUUUUCUUUGCGGAAUAAGUUAGCUAAAUUCUGCUACUCCAUCUAACGUUAGCUAGCAUGCUAACGUAACAUUGACUUUUCCUCCCAACGACGAAGAAGAGGAAGGACACAUAAUGUGACACAUUCCCGAUGGCUUCAUCUUAUGCAGUUGAAAAAGCAACAUGGUGUGAAGGUGACACAUGUCUCGCUCCUGACCCAAAAGACGGCUCACUCCGGAAAUCUACCAUUAAAAGACUCACCUCCACCUCUCAUGAGAAUGAUACCACAGCAUGGGUGGUAUUCACUGAGCUGGAUAAAGAUGCCAAAGAAGAAGAAGAAGAAGAAGAGGAGAAAGCUGUACCGGUCUCAAAACUCAUGAGACCAAGCAUGAAUGACUUCAGCCAGGAGAAACCUUGGUUUCCCAGCAGCGUCAUAGACACCAGGCUAUGUGUCCCCUUCGAGUUAAGGGACGUUGACGGGGACAGAGUCCCCUACACCAUCAACAGAUACCUGAGGGAUUACCAGAGAGAAGGUAUCAGGUUCAUUUACAACAAUUACAUCAGUUCCCGAGGUUGUAUCCUGGGGGAUGACAUGGGCCUGGGAAAAACUGUACAGGUCAUUGGAUUCCUUGCUGCUGUAUUGCACAAAACGGGCACAUGGGAGGACAUCAAGAACAACAGACCACAGUUUCUGCAGAGUCAGAUACCCUCCAAGCAAAGUAAACCCAGCAAAGUGUUCCUCAUUGUGGCCCCUCUGUCAGUGCUUUAUAACUGGAAGGAUGAGCUGGACACAUGGGGUCACUUCCAGUGUGUGGUGGUGCACGGGCUGAAGAAAGAAGAGGAGCUGGCUCGCAUCCCAAAUGGGCGCAUCGAGAUCGCUCUCACCACCUACGAAACUCUGCGCCUGUGUCUGGAUCAGUUUAAUAGCAUAGACUGGUCUGUUGUGGUGGUGGAUGAGGCCCACAAGAUUAAAAAUCCAAACUCUCAGAUCACUCAGGCAAUGAAGGAUCUGAAGUGUAAGAUCAGAGUUGGUCUGACUGGCACCGUCUUACAGAACAACCUUGAAGAGCUGUGGUGUGUCAUGGACUGGGCCGUACCUGGUUGUCUGGACAGCUUAGGCCAUUUCAAGAACAAGUACUCUGAUCCAAUUGAAAAAGGGCAGAGGCACAGCGCAACCAAACGUACCCUAGCUACUGGGAGGAAGGCUGUCAGAGCCCUGGUGAAGAUGAUUUCCCACUUGUUCCUCAGAAGGACAAAAGCUCUCAUCAGAGAACAACUGCCCAAGAAGUAUGACCGGGUGGUGUAUUGCUCUCUGACGGAUUUUCAGCAGACUGUGUAUCAGACCGUGCUGGACACGGAAGAUGUGACGUUGAUGCUGAGGUCUUCAGAGAAAUGUGACUGUCAAAGUGGACGUAGCCGCAUAAGCUGCUGCUAUAAAACAAACACAGAAGGUGUGAAAAUGAAGGGGUUGUACUUCAGUUACUUGGCCAUAUUGAGGAAGGUUGCAAACCAUGUCGCUCUGCUGCAGUCCACUGCAGGCGUCAGCAAGAAACAGGAGAAAUAUGUUGGUGCCAUCUGUGCAAACGUAUUCCAGAAGAUUCCAGACUUUGUGCAGAGAUGCAAAGACAAAGCGUUCGAAGCCCUGUCGGACCCGAUGUACAGCGGAAAGAUGAAGGUUUUGCAGAAGCUGCUGAAAUAUUACCUGCAAAGGCGAGACAAAGUGCUUCUUUUUUCACUCUCAACCAAGCUGUUGGAUGUGCUGGAGAGCUACUGCAUGGCAGAGGGGCUGGACUACAGCCGGUUGGACGGAGCCACCAAAGCCAAAGAGAGAGUGCAGAUUGUCAAAGCGUUUAACAGCUCCUCUCACGUCAACCUCUGCCUGGUUUCCACCAUGGCGGGUGGUCUUGGCCUUAAUUUCGUGGGUGCCAAUGUGGUUGUGCUCUUUGACCCCACAUGGAACCCAGCCAAUGACCUCCAAGCUAUUGACAGGGCGUAUCGUAUUGGUCAGUGCAGGGACGUGACUGUUCUUCGGCUGAUCUCAUUGGGGACUGUGGAGGAGGUUAUCUACCUCAGACAAGUUUACAAACAGCAAUUGCAAUGCUCAGUUGUGGGCAGGGAGAGUUCGCGAAGGUACUUUGAGGCGGUGCAGGGUCAUGGCGCCCACAAGGGGGAGCUCUUUGGGAUCAAAAACCUCUUCCGGCUGCAGACCGAAGGGACGUGCCUCACCCGCAAGAUACUAGAGCGCGAAGGACAAGUGGAGGCCGGUGUGAUGACCAGCAGCACACACUCGGGCGAGGAGAAGGAGGAGGAGGAGGAGACGACGAAGGAAGUUAGCGGCCCUGAAGACUCAAUGUCCACAGACGGCCCCGUAGCCAACAAUGAGCAAGCAAAGGAGAAGAGAGGUGUGUCGAAGGGCCCCACGGGGGUGUUGGACUUCAGCAGUGGAAGUGAAGAGGAUGAGGAUGAGCAGGGUCUUAAGAGGAAGGCAACGAGCCCCAGUGUAAUCAAUGGCAACAGGGCUGGGAACUCUGCCGCUGGUCCUGGUCGAAUGAGUCUCCUGCAGCACGGUUUCUCCAGGCUUCUCCAAAGGGUCAAAGGAAAACCCGAGUUAGCAGAAGGGGACAGUAGUCCGGAUGUUGAUGAAAGCCCCUCCGAGGAAGAUUCUGAGGAUCCAAAGAUGCAGAGUACCUCGUCUGGCAUUUGUCAGGACUCCAAAUCCAGAAAUGGUGCAAUCUCUCCUCAUAAAGUGGAAUUGAAAAGGGGGGAGAUCUCUAGUGGUUCAGACAGAGAAGACGGGGAGAAUGGAGAUAAGGGGAGACAAGAGAGGUUUCCUCUGUUGAAACAAAGUGAUGAUGCUGAAAGAAAGGGGCAGGGCCCGAAAGGAUGGACAAAUAAGAAAACAAGAGUGCACGAGGAAAGUGAUACAAAUUCCCCAUCGGAUGAAAAGAAACCUAAAAAGCUCAAAACUCGCGUUCCAAAAGUGCGCCGUUUUGACGGUCACUCGGAUGAAUCUGAGGACUUGGACGUAGAGGCAAAGACGUGGCCCAAGAGGGAUGCUUUAAAUUCAAAUGGUACAGUAGGUUACCGUGGAAGAGAGGAACUGGAGUGCAACAGGAAGAGGAAAACUGCUAACGUAAGGGACGAGGCCAGACCCAAAUUCACAGAAGACAUAGAGACAUACUCGUCUUCAGAAGAUGAGCACACACCCGUUAAGAAAGGGAGAUCCACAAGAGGUCGCCUCACAUCUCCACAGACGGAACGAUCCAGAUUUGAGUCGACAAAAGAUGAGCGAAGAGCAUUCACACAUCUAAGAAGCCAGGUGUCCCCGGUGUCCAAAGGAAAGAAUGGAACUAUUGACACUGUGCUAGGGGGGGUACACGAGGUGGCGUACACUCACUCCAACCAGCGCGUGGUGGGCGGGAGCAAAGCGGAGGAGAGGAUCAGCAGGGCUGCUGUACGAGACGUGUUUGAGCGCAAGAUGUACUCUCAGCUCCCGGCCAAUCGCCUUCUUGGCACCCAAGAGAGCCCGUCCCUGAGCCCACCACACAGUCAGCCGGGCUCCCUUCCUGUCAGACCGCUGAAGCCCAGUGUGGACCAUCCAGUCACCUUCAUCAGCAAGAGUGUGCACCACACCAGACACACCACCUUCAUCAUCGGAGAGACUCCCAAGGCCAUACACAGGCAGCAGCUGGAAGAAAUGGCAGAGAAAUUCAACUUCCCCUCAGUCCAUCAGUUUGCAGGGGAAGUUCUGAGAGGAAGCUCAACCCAGAGGCUGUCUUGGCUGCGAGAGUAUUACACUUCACUGAACCUCCCCGACCUGGCCAGCACCGUCUCCAACAACUUCCCACAACCCGAUUCAGCACAGAGCCCCUCUUCAGCUCUUACCUCCUCAACAUCCUUGAAAGCCACCUCAAAAUCCCACACGCAGAACCGAACCCCGCAAACGGAUGUUCCAAGAGCCGAGAGAAGGCCUAAACACACGGACAAGAACCCUGAACCUAAAACUCCGGCUGAAGCCUCGCACGGUGUCUCUGUGCCACAGAAAAAGUCUCAACACCCACAUCAUGAUGUUCCCCAAUCCAAGACAAAGCAGAUACACCCACACAAUGAUGUGGAAUCAACCAAGAAAAAGCCAAAUUUCCCUGAAAGGAAUGUGCUAGAACCAUUUAGUGAUGUUCCGAGGCUUGAGGCAGAGGAGCAGGAGGAGACUGCCUGCAGUGCCAGAGGACAUAAGAGGACAAAGAGGGGUAGUGUUUCUAGUUCUGGUGCCCUUGGAGCUGGUGGUGGUCUUGGCUUGGAUGAGGCCAGCACCAGUGGUCUGGGGUCUGUGGAGGUCACGGCGUUCCAGAAGUGCACAGACAAGCGUAUCCCUUCUUCUCCGGACCUCAGCCAUGGCGGGUCCACCACGUCAUCCAAACCCACCGCACGGGGGGGGGAGAAAGAGCAGAACGCACCUCGUCGUUCCCUCCUCACAGACCUGAUAGGAGACACCUCCAUCCUCGACGAUCUGUUGAAACCCAAACACCGGGGUGCUCCAAAAGCACCCGCCGCCCUCUCCUCCGUGCCAGCGAGCACGCGUCUCACUACGCCGUCUCCGUCCGCAGACUCUCCAAACAAAGCACCCGGACUCCACGUGGUACCAAAGGGCAGUCGCAAAGACUUCUGGGACAUCUUGAAUGAGGGUAACGAGGAGAGCAUCAACCGGUUAACGGACCCGGCGGAGGUGCAGAGGGUUUGUGUCAACACUAACUUUGCAGCUCGAGGUGGGUCUGGGAAACGUGAGAGCAAGAGUCUCUGGAAGACCAAUGAGAAGUUCCUGUGGAAGAAAUGAUGCAACAAUUAAUAGUGUCAAGGUUUUCACUUCUGUACUUUUUACUUUUUCAGCUCUGAAGGGAUAUUUAAAGCAGUUUUUUUUCUGCUUUGGAUUUUUAGAUUUUAUUCUUUUUAAAUGUCUUUCUUUGCUGUCUAUUCUUAUUUGCCAUAAUAAUUUAAAAUCAUCAGAGGCACUGUUACUCAAAUAAAACAAA